AUGGAAAAGUUGGUUUAUGAGUACGAAUCACGCAUUCGCCAAUUUGUUAAUGCCCAACGCAGUCAAGAACAAUUACUUGAAAGACUGACUGAAUCUGAAUCACAAUUGGAUAAAACGCAAUCACAAUUGGCUCACAUGGAAAGACUACAACGUACACAAUCUGCUAUAGGAGAAACUUGGGAAGCUCAAUACCGAACCGCUCAGUCUGAAUUGGAGGGUAUUAGGGAUGAAAAUGCUGCUUUAAAGAGUCGGAUCCGAAGGCAGAAGAAGCAAAUUGAAUUGCUUACACAAGAAAAUGAAUUAUCUGAAAGAGUAAUUGAACUUGAGAAUAAUGUUGGGAGAGUACAAAAUCGUCUUCAAAGUGACAAAUCUGUGAGUGAAAGUUGCACGGAACAUGCAAAUGGUUUUUAUGUAGCAAAAGAAGAACAGAAAAAUUCUGGAAUAUUUGUAGAGGAAGAAAGAGGAAGUGAAGUACCUAUAUUUACCUACUUUUAA